AUGCAGCCUAUCAUCCAUACCGUCUACGAAAAGACCACCGGCACAUGGCAAUACAUCGUUGCCUGUCCGGAUACUAAAGAUGCGGUCAUCAUUGAUCCUGUCCUCGACUUUGAGCUUUCUACCUUCACCGUGAAUACCCACUCUGCCGAUGGUUUGCUGGGUCUCAUCGCCCAGCAGGGAUACACCAUCACUCACAUCCUCGAAACACACGCCCACGCAGACCAUCUCACUGCGUCCUUUUAUCUCCAGCAGACUCUCGUCGCCUCCGGAAAACCUCAACCCCAAAUCUGCAUCGGCCAGCAGAUCCUCGCAGUCCAGGAACUAUUCGGUCCGAAAUAUGACAUCCCCGCUGGUGAUCUCGACAACGCAUUCGACCACCUUUUCGCCAAUGACGAGGUGUUCAAUGUCGGACGGAUCUCUGCUAAGGUCCUCCAUCUGCCUGGCCACACACCGGAUCAUGUUGGGUAUAUCAUCGGCGAGAAUGUAUUCACCGGCGACUCCAUCUUCAACCCCGACGUGGGCAGUGCGAGGUGUGAUUUUCCCGGGGGAGAUGCGCGCACGCUCUACAAGUCCAUGAAGAAGCUCCUGUCUCUGCCUCCUAGUUUUAAGCUAUACACGGGACACGAUUAUCCCCCUUUCCAUGAGCAGGUAGCAUGCCGAGAGCCAAUGCCGUAUGUCACAGUCGAGGAACAAAAUGAGCGCAAUAAGCAUGCAGGGUCAGCUAGUACCGAGGAAGAGUUUGUCAGGUGGAGGACAGAAAGAGAUCGACAGCUCCAAGAGCCCCGAUUGAUACAUCAAGCGCUGCAGGUUAAUGUUCGGGGAGGAAGAAUGCCGCGGAAGAUACAUGGCAGCCGGGUGUUUUUGAAUUUCCUCGUCGAUGUGCCUGAUAUGUUUGUGCAUUAG